AUGGACGUUUCUAUGUCAGCCACCGCCACCUCUAUUCCCGUGUAUGCUCAAUGCGAACUUCGCGCCGUUAUUCGAUUUUUGCAUUCAACGGGUGAAACACCAAUAUCCAUUCAUCGAAAACUUUGUCAAACAUAUGGUACGAGUUGCAUGUCUUUAAAAAAUGUUAGAAAGUGGUGUAGAGAAUUUUCAGGAGGUCGGACGGAAGUUCAUGAUGAACAAAGAAGUGGAAGACCUUCGAUUUCAGACGAGUUGAAAGAACAAAUUGAAAGAGAGCUUCGUGAAGAUCGACGAGUGACGGUUCGAGAUCUCGAACAAAGAUUUGAGUUGUCAAAAAUCACCAUUCAAAGGUUUUUUAAUGAUAUGGGCUAUCACAAAUGUUGUGCUCGGUGGGUGCCUAAAAUGUUUUUAUUAAAUUGGAAAAUAUACAUGGCCACACAUCAGCAUAUUUGA